AUGAAUAAUGUAAAAUGCGAAAGUUAUCAAGGCGCGGCAGUUUACGGCGAAUUCAAUUCUAAAAACGAAACAGAAGAAAGUUCAUCGAAAAAGCGCUUCAAAGGAAUCGUUACUGCUUACGAUACACAUAGCGGUAGCGGAAACGAUGACUGUUCAUUGAUACUAACUGUAGAAGAAGCGGAUGAUAGUCUUCUUGAUUGGAUUCAAUUCACGAAAGCGCCAGUAACUACUCAAAGACCGAAGAAACGCAAACGAAAACCGAAAGCUACAACAACUCCUCACUGGGCGAAAACAACAACUACUAGUACAACGACUUCAACGACUUCAACAUCUUCCACUACCAGAUCUACUACUUUAACGACUAUAACAACAUCAACAAAACAUUUAACAACGUCCACAUCUGCACAAUCGACGACUAAGCCAAACGAAGCAACAACAGUAUCAAAUCCGACAUCUGUUGGUAAGUCACAUUCUGAAACGACAACUUACAUGGAGACAACGGCGUCAUUAAAAUCGGAAAUGGAGUGGUUGGAGACAAGCACGCAGCAGUCCGAUCUUUUCAUCAAUAAUCCGUCUACGAAGCAAAAUCAAGUUUACGAGCUAGGGGAGUGCGCUGAUGUCUCGCAACAAGUUGAAAUCGACGAUCUCGUCAGCGUCGAUUGUCGCGUCGCAGAGUGUUUUUUCUCAUGCCCCAUGAAUCGAUCCCCGAACAUACCCUAUCUUAUUUGUAAUAAUGAAACUAAUGAAUGGAUCCUUCCUGAGUUCGCUGAGAAGGUAUUCUGUCGCAUGCUCGACCCAGAAAUAAGUUUAAUUGAUUUCCUAGUGAAAGAACGUCCUAUCUUCUGCAAGGAAACACCCAAAGCACUGACACCAAAUGAAGUUCAGGAAUUUUGCAACCCGUACUUUUGCAUCAUCUCCUGCGCGGAUGAAGAACGCACAAUAUUUUGCAACGAUGGACUGUGGCCAGAAAAUGAAUUCAAUUGCUGA